AGUGACCUUGCUUGAGGAGGUUGUUCAAUUCAAUCUGGCAAGUGUAGGUGUCCGGCUUGCCUGCAAUCGUCUUUUCUCUCUAAGUUACUCAGGGUCUUGUCGUACGAAGUUUGCACCAAAAAUCCAUCCCUACAUACUCAGAUAUACUUUUUAUUCCAUGCCGCAGAAAUCAAUCUUAUCAUUCUUUUCCGGGAGUGACAAAAAAGAAACUGAGAAAACAAAUAAGGAAAAGAUGAUUAGUUCAAAACAGCCUGAUAAUACUUCACAUAAAAGCAUAAAGCGCAGACGAAUCAUUGUCGAAAGUGAUGAUUCAUUAACAGAAAUGCCCAAUAAAAGUAGUGAAUAUGUUCAUAACGAUAUUAAUUUUGAAGAAAGUGAUGCAGAAAUCCCUUCUAAAUUACCUGAUUUAGUACAUCAACCAAUAAGUAAUCCUACAAGUGAGGAUAAAUUGUUACAGAAUGUGACUGAUACAAGAACUAAAGACAAAUUCAAGGACUUAAGUGAGUCUAAUAUAGUCCGUUUUCAGUGUGCGAAAAUUGAAGCAGGCAAUAUUCUAAGCAGAUCAAAUGUUAAUGAAAAGUCGUCACGGAGUCCUGACAAACUAGUUACCCGUUACGACCCCAGCAAAACGGAUUAUCACCCUAUCCAUGAUUGCAACUGGCGAGAAGGUGAAAGUGUCCCUUAUUUGUCAUUGGCGAGAACAUUUGAGUGUAUUGAGGCCACAUCUGGCAGAAUAAAAAUAACAGAAAUGCUGUGCAAUUUUUUUCGCUCAGUCGGUUUGUUGUCUUCAUUUGAUUUGACAAGCUGCGUUUACCUAUGCCUCAACCAACUGGGACCCGCAUAUGAAGGGAUGGAACUAGGCGUGGGGGAGACAGUCCUAUUAAAGGCUUUGGCCGCAACUACAGGUGUUGGGAUUGAACAUAUGCGUUCGAGUUUGAAGCAACAUGGUGAUCUUGGGGUUGUCGCCGAAACUAUCAGAUCACGCCAGAAAAUCCUGUCAGCUCCGAAACCAUUGACCAUUUCUCUAGUAUUUUCUAAACUGAAAGAUAUUGCUUCAAUGUCUGGAAAUUCAGCUCAAAACAAAAAGGUGGAAAUUAUUCGCUCGCUUCUAGUGGCUUGUCAAGAAUCUGAAACUAAAUAUAUUAUACGUAGUUUAUCAGGAAAAUUGCGUAUUGGCUUAGCUGAACAAACGGUGCUCACAGCUCUUGGUCAGGCCGUGGCUAUGACGCCAUUUCAUUUUAAAGUCGGUGAUAAAAGCACGCGAGUAGUUAAUGCUUCUAAUGGUAUGUCUAAUGAGCACUGGAAAGUUACAAUGGAUACUGCAGUUGCAAAUGUUAAAAGGGCGUAUUGCGUUUGUCCAGACUACAGCCGUCUUAUAAAAGCUCUUUUAACAAGUAGUCAUGAAUCCCUGGAUCAAAUAUGCACAAUCACUCCAGGUAUUCCUCUAAAACCAAUGUUAGCUUCUCCUACACAUGGAAUAUACGAAAUUUUAAAGAGGUUUGAAGAAUGUGAUUUCACCUGUGAAUAUAAAUAUGAUGGUGAAAGGGCUCAAAUUCAUAUUCUCCCUUCAGGUGCCAGUCACGUGUAUUCACGUAAUCAAGAAGAUAAUACGACAAAAUAUCCUGAUAUCGUAAAUAAUCUGAUGUCUAGGGUUCUGCCAGAGUCUAAACUAACGCCUCAUGCAAUUGAGCUACUCAGUGAAAUUGUUAAAGAUAAUAAAAGACAAGUUCAAUCAAAUGGUAUAAUUGGAAACAAACUGGAGAGUUGUAUUAUCGACUCGGAAGUUGUAGCUUGGGAUCGUUUAGCUGGACAUAUUUUACCAUUCCAAGUUCUAUCAACGCGAAAGCGUAAAGAUGUAGAUGAAUCUACACUGAAAGUACAAAUAUGCAUUUAUGUAUUCGAUAUACUUUUUAUAAAUGGUGUAUCUUUAAUUGAACAGCCAUUACGCAUACGUCGAGAAAUACUUCGAGAAGUAUUUCCGCGCAUUUCUGGAGAGUUCAUGAUGGCAACCUCUCUUGAUUCAUCUGAUACAGAUGAGAUCGCGACUUUUCUUGACGAAGCCAUCAAAGGUAAUUGUGAAGGGUUAAUGAUUAAAACACUGGAUCAUAAUUCUACCUACGAAAUCGCUAAAAGAUCCCAUAGCUGGUUAAAAUUGAAAAAAGACUAUUUAGAAGGUGUUGGUGAUACAUUGGAUUUAGUAGUGAUAGGUGGAUUUCAUGGAACUGGUAAACGUGCUGGUCGUUACGGUGGUUACUUGCUGGCAUGCUAUGACCCAGAUACAGAAGAAUACCAGACAAUAUGCAAAAUUGGUACAGGAAUGAAAGAUGAUGAAUUGGCUUCAUUUUCGGAGUUUUUCAAGAACCAUGUAACUGACAAAGCAAAACCUUAUUAUCAAUACACAAUUAGUUUAAUUCCAGACCAAUGGUUUGAGCCUGUUCAAGUUUGGGAAGUAAAGGCAGCCGAUUUGAGUAUAUCACCUGGACACAAAGCUGCUGCUGGUUUAGCGGAUCCACAAAAAGGUAUUUCACUGAGAUUCCCGAGGUUCGUUCGGAUUCGAGAUGACAAGAAGCCUGAAGACGCGACAACAGCCCAACAAGUUUAUGAACUUUAUCAAAGUCAAGAGCAGAUAAAGAAUCAGCAUGGCAAUAUACAAACAGGCAACAAUGAUGAUGAAGAUAUGUAUUGAAUUCAUAUUCUUUUUUAUAAACACAGGCACCACCUUAUAUAACAUUAGUUGUAAAAUAUUUUAUAUAAAAAUGAUAAAUUAAAAUAUAAAAUACAUCUAUUUGUGAACCCAUCAC